ACCCCUUCUGUGUGUUUUGUUGACAUAUCAAAACAAAACUGACACAAACGUUUUGUAGAAUAUUGGCAGCACUGUUCUCUUUCAUUCCGCGCCAUUUAAAAUUUUGCAUUAACAGUAGUUGGCAUAAGUUUUUCUGCAACAAAAAUAAACGGCCGGAAAAAUAUUAAAUUAUGUCGGAUUCAGAAUUCGAAGCGAGCGAAUUGAUGUCAUCGCCAACCUCGUAUAACAGUGGUGAGGAAACAGAUUCUUCGGUUGAAAUCGCUAUGACACGAAGAAACAUUGUUCGUAUUGAAUCAUCGGAGGAAGAAGAUGAGGAUGUUCGUGCUGUGUCUCCACGUACACGCAUGAGUAUAACUGGUAUUCGACCUGCUGAUUUAAAUGAUUCCAGUGAACUUGAAUAUUCAGAUGAAGAAAGUGAAAAGGAACUUGUAAUAACACCGCCUGCGCGGAUAGGUAUUCCUGAUAUAUGCUCCGCUGAAUUGUCUAAUUCAAACGAGAUUAUUUACUCUGAUGAUGAUAAUAGCGUCGUUGAUAACUCGAGUAGGCUUAAUGAAGUAACAAUUGAAAACUCAUUGUUGGAAAAAUCCACAACAAACAAAGCUACUGAGGUUUCAAAUCCUGAGGUAACUAUUUAUUCUAAUAAUGAAAGUACGGAUGAAGUCAUUCCUGACAGUCCGACGACACUUCGACAGCAUUUAAGUCAAACUAAAUCUUCAAUAACUGCAUCACCAAAUGCUUAUGUAGUGGAAGCUAAUACCCAAAGUAAUAAAGAUGGAAUUGAAACUGUAACCAAAACUGUAAAAGGUAAUGAGUCACCAGUGCGUUAUAGUACACUUUUUGACAACAUGUCAAAUAAAUUAUCUUCAACUCUGUACAUACCAAAUGCAGAGGAUCAUAAAUCUGCAUCGCUCCACUCAGAUGAUAGUGACUUAUUAUUUAUAAAUAAUAAAAAUAAAACGAUUGAAAUAUUAAGUAGCGACGAAGAAGAACAAAUGGUGCAUAAACGAGUAGAGCCGGAUACUGUAAAAGAAAAGCCAGUACAAUUGCUUCAACCAAAAAUUUCAGCAGCAUUUACAAAGGCAGCUCAAACGCCAAAAAAGGAGUUGAAAAUUAAAAGCAGUAAAAUUGAGAACACUUUGCCAGUGUCAAUGGAAUUCUUUAACAAAGAAAAUGCCAAAGUACAAGAACUGCGUUCUGAACUAUCGAAAGUUGAGAAGCUAGUUGAAACAACAUCUGCACUGUUACCUGAUGGUGGAGCCCAACUAAUUAAACGUAGAGAUUCUUUACGACAAAAUUUGUUCGAUAAAGAAAAAAUGUUGAAAACUUAUCGAAUUGAAGAUGCAGAUGAUUUACCUAAAGAAAAAAUUUGGGAAGAAAAGAAACGUUCGUUCACUAAACACGUGCCAAAUUGGGAUGAACUUUCAGCUGCUGUUAGUGCAUUACAGCCUACAUACACAGGCAAGCAAGGACUGGCCACAUUUAAUACUCAAAAAACAUUAACUGUUGACCGUUUAAAGGACUUGCAUGGGUCACUUGAAAGUUGUCCUACAGAAGAUGUGUUCGCAGAUACACCCAAAGGCCUAAAGGUUACUCUGAUGGAUCAUCAAAGGCAUGCAUUAGCCUGGAUAAAUUGGCGUGAAAAUCAAAAACCACGUGGUGGUAUACUUGCAGAUGAUAUGGGUUUAGGAAAAACUUUGACUAUGAUAUCAAUGAUAGUUUCUGCUAAAGCAAGAGAAGAACAGAACCCAGAAAAAGUAGAAGAAGAUUCUGAAAGCGAUGAUGACAAAAAAAAUCAAGUUUGGUCGACAAAAGGACGACGAACAUAUUAUGAAGGUGGCACACUUGUGGUCUGUCCAGCUAGUUUGAUCCGUCAAUGGGAGAGUGAGAUUGAGAAUAAAGUAAUGCGUAAUAAAUUAACUGUUUGCUUACAUCAUGGUAACAAUCGCGAUACCAAACCUAAACAUUUACGCACAUAUGAUGUGGUUAUCACCACUUACAAUAUUGUUGCGCGUGAACAUAAAUCGUCGGGUGCAGUCUUUGGUAUAAAGUGGCGCUGCAUCAUAUUAGAUGAAGCACAUGUAAUAAGAAAUCACAAAGCACAAUCAUCCUUAGCUGUUUGUGCAUUGCGUGCAAAAUAUCGUUGGACCUUAACUGGUACCCCAAUACAGAAUAAAGAAAUGGAUGCCUACGCGCUACUAAAGUUUUUACGUUGCUCACCAUUUGACGAUCUUGCACAUUGGAAAAGGUGGGUAGAUAAUAAAAGUGCAGGCGGGCAACAAAGGCUCAAUACACUAAUGAGAACAUUGCUAUUACGACGUACCAAAGUGCAACUACAAGAACGCGGUAUUCUGCAGUGUUUACCAAAUAAAAAAGUUGAAUUGGUUGAAGUAAAUUUAGAUAAAGAGGAAAUGAAUGUUUAUCAACGUAUUUUGGUUUAUUCUCGCAGUCUUUUUGCUCAAUUCCUUCAUCAACGUGCAGAGCGCGAUACUGACUAUAAUUACAGAGAAGAAGCAAACAAACCUACUUAUUUGCAAACAAAAAAUCCGAGCGACGCUUACUAUAAUCUUCAUAAAAAAUUUACUAAAAUGAAUCAUGGUAAUAAGGAAGUGAAAUCACACGAUAUUUUGGUGUUACUGUUGAGGUUGCGGCAAAUAUGUUGUCAUCCAGGUUUAAUUGAUGCAAUGCUUGAAGAUGAAGAUGAAGCAAAUUUGUCCAGUGAUCACGAUGUUUCCCACCGUGAAAUUGAUUUAUUGGACCAAUUAAAUAAAUUAAAAAUAACGAAUACUUCGAAAAAUAGUAGUCUUCAAGAUGAUGAGUUGCGUCCAGAAGAUGAAGUUAUUGCUAAAGCAUCUGCAAAAGUACUUCAACGGAGCAAUCCAGUAUUUAAUUUAAAACGGCCUUCAACAAAGAUGCUGCAAGUGUUAAAAACUUUGAAAAACUGUCUUUCGCAAUCUGAUGAUAAAGUAAUAAUUGUGUCCCAAUGGAGUAGUGUAUUAAAUAUUUUUAAGAGUCACUUAUGUGACGCUGGAAUUACGCCACUUGCAUUGGAUGGGCAAGUACCAGUGAAGGAUCGUCAAGGCAUAGUGGAUAAAUUCAAUAACUCAAAAAAUUAUAGAGUUCUGCUGCUCUCACUAACUGCUGGCGGAGUUGGCUUGAAUUUGAUUGGUGCUAACCAUUUGUUUUUAUUUGAUCUUCACUGGAACCCGCAGUUGGAGGCACAGGCACAAGAUCGUAUAUAUAGAGUGGGACAGAAAAAAAAUGUUAAUAUUUACAAGUUUAUGUGCAAGGAUACAGUCGAAGAAAGAAUAAAAAACCUGCAAGAACAAAAACUAUCAAUUGCGGAGGGUGUGCUUACUGGUGUAAAGACAAGCGGUGGCAGUAAGCUUACGAUGGAGGAACUACGCGGGCUCUUCGACAUGUAGU